UAAAAAGGACAGGUGACGGACAACGAGAGAGAGGUAGAAUGGAAAUGAAGCUGGUGCGUAGGUGAAGAAGGGAUCGGAUGGAACAGAAAAUAGCGAUUGAAACAGCAAAAGAACAGCGGACAAGCAAAACAGAGAGCGGUCAGGAUGCAGACAGAUUGAAAUGUCACAAAGCCAGUGUAAGCCACACCUACACCCGAGGAAACAUUUAAAGGGGGCUGUUACUAGAGAAAGACGCAUCAUUUUGAAACCCAAAACUAAAAAAGGAUUCCCAGCCUCAUUCCAGAUCGCCAUCAAACCAUGAACAUCUCCUCUUCUCCCUUCCCCUCCCUCACCUCUCGCCCUCCCUCCUCCUCCUCCUCCCUUGGCUCCUCUGAGAUAGUGGGCACUCUCUUCCUGGGCUUGGCGUUUGUUCUGGGUUUCCCAGGGAACCUGUUUGUGGUGUGGACGGUGCUGUGCCGUGUGGCUUGUCACUCAGUCACCUGCCUGCUGGUGUUGAAUCUGGCCGUGGCCGACACCCUGGUCCUGCUCAGCGCUCCCUUCUUCAUACGCUACUUGGUCGGGGGACGGGGAUGGGAGUUUGGCUCGUCCUUCUGCAAGCUGGUUCAUUACCUCUGCAGUGUCAACAUGUACGCCUCCAUCUUCCAGAUAACCGCCAUGAGCCUCGACCGCUUCCUGGCUGUGUCCCGCCCCUUCCUGUCUCAGCAGCUUCGCACCAAGAGGGCCCUGCUGAAGAUCCUGCUGCUCAUCUGGAGCCUGGCCUUGCUCUUUGCCAUCCCCAUGCCCUUCUACCGCAGAGUUUCCCUGAAAGGUGGGCUGGAAUACUGCAUACCAUUCCACAGUGAUCCAAAGCACAUGGUUUUCCAAUACCUGAUGGAGAUCUUAAGUUUCGUGGUUCCGUUUUCCAUUAUCCUCUUCUCAUCUCUCUACAUUUUCAGGAAAUUGAGAAACACCGUGUUUGAGAAUAAAAGCAAACAGAUAAUCCUUCCCGUUGUGAUCGCUUUCUCUGUCUUCUGGAUGCCCUACCACAUCGUGAACCUGAUCCAGGUUUCAGGAGCCUUAGCUGGGGAAAAAUCAAUGAACAACUCUCUCCUUGGAGCUGCCGAAACUGCCAGGCCCUACGUGACGGCUUUUGCUUUCUUCAGCAGCAGCGUCAACCCAGUUCUCUACGCCUUCAUUGGGAGGUCCUACAUCCGCUCGGACGGCAUCAAUUUCAUAGCUAUCAUGCUGGAACAAACUAAUUCUGAAUUGCAGGGCUCAAGGUUAUAACCAACCAAGUGGAGAAAGACUGAAGGGCUCACACAGUCUUCAGAAAUUCAGCAGAGACACAAACACUUAAAGGAACCUUAUGUAUAGAUUGUAUGGGUGGAGCAUGUGAUGGUUGAAUGUGCUAAAUGCGAGAAGCUUUGUGGAAGGAUAUUUGGGCUCAGAUAGAGUCGCACAGUGGCGUGGUGGUUAACACUGCUGCCUUACAGCUCCAGAGUCCUGGGUUCAAGUCCGACCUUCAGGGGUCUAUCUGUGUGGAAUUUGCAUGUUCCCCCUAUGUUCACGUGGGUUUUCUCCAGGUACUCCAGUUUCCUCUCAAAGUCCAAAAUGAUGCUGUUCAGGUUGAUUGGUCUCUCUAAAUUGCCCUCUGUAUGUGUGUGUGGUGCCCUGCAAUGGACUGGAGUCCCGUCCAGGGUGUAGUCCCGCCUUGCACCCUGUGUCUGCCGGAUUAGGCUCUGGCUCACCGUGACCUUCUAAGCGAUUUAAGCGGUUAUUGAUAAUGGAUAUAUGGUCUGUGCUUUUGUUUUAAAUGUACUUCAAUGCUUUAAAUUUGUUUUUCACUUCAGUUCAUUUAUUUUAUUUUUCACUUUAGAGAAUACAGCAUACCUUGCAUAAAGAUGGUUCUGUGGAAAUACAACCACAAAGUACAGAAUAAAAUGACACUGGAGAUUACGGUGAAUAAGAAAGGGGGUGGAGUUUGCUUGGGCUGACAUUAAGAAAUGGAGAGCAGUUGUAAAAAUAUGCAAGUUGAAGUUGAAUACGCAUCUAAAAACUAAUUUCUCAAAACCUCCAAAAGUUAAGAAAAUAAAAAUAAUAUUGGGAAGGAUAAGAAUAUUGUCACUGUUUAGUUUGAAGUCUGUUUAAAUUAAGGGUUACCUUUACUGAGCCCAUUUAAAACAUUAUUAUUCAAUUAUAAAUCAAUUUAGCCACAUCAUAAAAUUAUUAGUAUUGAAACACAUCUUUCCAACACCAACUGAAUCAAUGGAAACUGUGAAGAUAAAACUCUAUCCAUCCAUUAUCAAUAACCACUCAUUCCUUUUAGAGGAGUCAAUCAUCCAUCCAUCCAUUAUCAAUUGUAGGUAAUUUCUGUACCUCAUAAUACAAGUAUAAUCUUAAGAGUUUAGAAACAAAUGUUUCUUUGCAUGGCAAUGUAGUGGGUGUUUAGGUAGGGCUAUGUUUUUUUGCAUGCAUUAAAAUCGCUGUUUUCAUAUGUAUAAUUAAGAGGCCAAUGGCAUGGCAGGCUUGUGUGUUUUUUUCUUUGCUUCUCUUACUGUCAUUCAGGUGCUGACGUUAUGGAUUUCUGCAGUGUUGUCCUGUCUCUAACCCAGCCUCGCAAUCUGCUUUCAUGCUGCCUGACUGUGCUUGAUUACCUGUCACCUCGGCAACCGCUGAUGCUGUUCUGCUAUUGGCAGAAUUUCAGGAAGCCUGUACUCACCCGUGGCAUUUAAAAAUGGGGAAGGAAACUAGCAGAGAGGAGGGGAACACAUUGUGAAAGCAUUGAGCAGAGAGGUGAGAGCAGAGAGCAGGGAGGUGAGAGCUGAGAGCGAGCAUCUUAUUUGUUUUUGUUUUUCCUUUUUAUCUUUUUCGUGCUGAAAGAAAGCUAUUUUAAGUAAGCCAGCACCCAGCUGAGUAGCGUCCUGUGAGCUGCAGCACCACAUUUGAAUCGCAUUUAAAUCAAGGGAAGUAAUGUUAAAACUUUACAAUUCAUUGGUAAGACCUCACCUAGAAUAUUGUGUUCAGUUCUGGUCACCUCAUUACAAAAAGGAUAUUGCUGCUCUAGAAAGAGUGCAAAGAAGAGCAACUAGAAUUAUCCCGGGUUUAAAAGGCAUGUCGUAUGCAGACAGGCUAAAAGAAUUGAAUCCAUUCAGUCUUGAACAAAGAAGACUACGCGGCGAUCUGAUUCAAACAUUCAGAAUCCUAAAAGGUAUAGACAAUGUCGACCCAGGGGACCUGAAAAAAGAAACAAGGACCAGGGGUCACAAAUGGAGAUUAGAUAAAGGGGCAUUCAGAACAGGAAAUAGGAGGCACUUUUUUACACAGAGAAUUGUGAGGGUCUGGAACCUGCUCCCCAGUAAUGUUGUUGAAGCUGACACCCUGGGAUCCUUCAAGAAGCUGCCUGAUGAGAUUCUGGGAUCAAUAAGCUACUAACAACCAAACGAGCAAGAUGGGCUGAAUGGCCUCCUCUCGUUUGUAAACUUUAUGUUCUUAUGAGUUUUCACUGUUUGGUUACCGGUAGUGGUAAGCCUUGUCUUGCGAGGCGAGGGUUGAAUGUUUUGUUUAUUUGUUAUAUAGUACUGCUCACUCUCCGCUCUGCGCAGCGCUCAUUAGUGAUUGCAGGUCUGCACUGCAUUGUACUGUAUGCUACGGUUUGCUUUUGAAUUGUUUUAGUCUGUAUGGUAGAUGGUUUAUAAGGUACCAUCCCCCUUGGUAUAUUAAUAUGUAUCUAUGCUACUGCCUUUUUGUAUUUUAAACCAAUAGAUUUAGAUAUUGUGACGCUGUGGAGGUAUUGUGGAUAUUGUGCAAUAGAUUUAUAACGGGUAUUAAACUUCCAAAAAGACGUUACCUAGAUAAUUGCUGUUUCUAAAUUAGUGGGUUUUUCUUAAUCUAUUUAAGAAUAAAGGUUACCUGCAAAACUGAUAUACACCACUGAUAUUGAUAUUCUAUACUCUAUACUAGCUACUUGUAAAGGAUUGGGAAAACAUGAGUGGUAGUUUGCACUUUUGGAAUUUAUCUUUUUGAUUGGGAUUUGUGUAAUAUUGUUGUAUUUGAUUUCACUUGGGAUUUGUGUAAUAUUGUUGUAUUGAGUUUCACCUUUUGUUUUGUUGUGGAUUUGGUUUUGUAGUUGCUGCUUGAAGAUUUCUCCUCUCCUCUACAAAGUAAUGAAGGUUGUACUGAAUACUGCUAAUAUAAUAUUGUCUUGACACACAGAUUGAGUUAAGACUGAAUAUUUGUAAAUCCAUUAAGAGCUCUGUUAAUUGGUUGAAUCUUGAGUGUUUGAUAGCAUUGCUGUGUCUGCAAAUAGUAAAUUUAUUCUAACUCUAGUAACCCAUUUUUUAUAAAUUUAUUGCGCAAUUUUGCACAAUAAUAUUCCUGUGUUUUUACCAGUUGCGAUUUUAAAAAUAAAACUAUUAUUUAACUUCA